AUGCCCGUUCAAGCAACGAACGGCCACCCUGCCAUGGAUGGCGCCGACUUUGGUCAGAACGCGUCAGCAAGCGGUCACGGCUCCAAUGCUCAUGCAGCGAACGGCUUCUACGUUAACGGACAUGUCGAUUCUAGCGUCAACGCGGCCGGUCCUUCGAGCUCGCAGCACUCCAGCUCACCAUUCGCAUCCGCCGGCCGUCCAAACAUCCUCUUCGUCAUGGCGGACCAGCUUGCAGCUCCUCAGCUUCGCAUGUACAACGAAAGAUCGCAGAUUCUCACGCCCAACCUCGAUCGUCUCGCAAAGGAUGCCGUCGUGCUCGAAUCGGCGUACUGCAACUCGCCGCUCUGCGCACCUUCUCGCAUGGCUCUCGUGACCGGUCAGCUUCCAUCGAAGAUCGCCUCCUACGACAACGCUUCGUCGAUUAGCUCCGAUCUUCCGACAUAUGCGCACUAUCUUCGAUCCGCCAAUUAUGAGACCGUCCUCGCCGGCAAGAUGCACUUCAUCGGCGACCAGCUUCACGGCUUCGAGAAGCGUCUCACCGCCGACAUCUACCCUGGCGACUACGGCUGGGCCGUCAACUGGGACGAGCCGGAUCGCAGGCUCGAAUGGUACCACAACUCGUCCAGUAUUCUCCAAGCCGGCCCUUGCGUUCGUUCCAACCAGAUGGACUACGACGAGGAGGUCCUUUACAAGUCAAAGCAAUACCUCUUCGACCAUGCUCGCCGUAAGACAGGCGGCGCUCCCACGCGUCCGUUCGCAAUGACCGUCAGCUUCACCCACCCGCACGAUCCAUACACCAUCGAGAAGGAGUUCUGGGACCUCUACGAAGGCGUUGACAUCAACAUGCCCGAAGUGGAGAUUCACCCAAGCAAGCAAGAUCCUCAUUCGAAGCGUCUUCGUCACGUUUGCGAUCUCGAAGGCAGGCAGUUCACUCCCGAGCAAAUCAAGCGCGCAAAGCGUGCCUACUACGGCUCGGUCUCGUACGUCGACGCAAAGAUCGGAGAGCUUCUGGCCACUCUCGACAAGUGCGGCCUGCGCGAUGAUACCGUCAUCGUCUUGAGCGGCGACCACGGCGACAUGCUCGGCGAGCGAUCGCUUUGGUACAAGAUGAGCUACUUCGAGAGCUCGGUCCGCGUGCCGCUUCUCUUCAACUACCCCAAGAUGUUUGCGCCUCGCCGUGUCAAGUCCAACGUCUCAACGAUGGAUCUGCUCCCCACGUUCUGCGACAUCGUCGGCAUCCCGCUCCAGAAGCACCUGCCGCUCGACGGCGUCAGCAUGCUCCCGCAUCUCGUCGGACAGACAGGUCACGACACCGUCAUCGCAGAGUACAUGGGUGAAGGAACUGCUGCGCCACUUUGCAUGAUUCGUCGCGGGCCGUGGAAGUACGUCACUUGCCCCAUCGACCCGCCUCAGCUCUUCAACCUGGACCGCGAUCCCAAGGAGCUCGUCAAUCUGGCUACCGACCGCGACAGUCUCGAUGCCGAGUCACGCACGGCCCUCGAAGGCUUCGAAGUCGAGGCACUCAAGCGAUGGGACAUGGCCAAGAUCACCGAGGACGUGCUCAUGGUUCAGCGUCGUCGACGAUUCGUAUUCUCCAGCCUCAAGCAAGGCACGUGGACCUCGUGGGACUACCAGGUUCCUACCGACACUCAGAACAUGUACAUCCGCUCGCAUCUUGAUCUCGACGAUCUCGAGCGCAUGGCUCGCUUCCCGCCCGUCGACGAGCUCGGCAACACCAUUGUUGCCUCUGCAGAUGUCGCCACACCCCCUGCCACGCCGCCCAAUGGCAAGACGCAGCAGGUUUGA